GUAGGUGUCAGCAUGCGAAUUCAGAUCCGCCAUUAAAACCAUAGAAGAGGAAGAAGAAGAAAAAGAAGGCAAGGAGAAGAUUGAUUCAAAGAGGUAGGAUGGCAGCCAGCUCAGAGUCCAAGCUACAGCUGGUCCACAAACAUAUCCGAGCCUUCCCGGACUUCCCGAAGAAAGGCAUCCUGUUCAGGGAUAUCUGUCCGAUCCUGAAGGAUCCAGCGGCUCUGACAGCUGUGACCGACCUGUUUGAAGAACAUGUGAGGAAGAACCACCCGCAGGUGGAUCUGAUCGUAGGUUUGGAUGCUCGUGGUUUCCUGUUUGGUCCUCUGCUCGCCCAGAGGCUAGGUGUUGGCUUUGUCCUGAUCAGAAAGAUCGGCAAACUGCCCGGAAGCACUGUGUCUGUGGCGUAUGAUCUGGAGUAUGGCAAGGCAGAGGUAGAGGUGCAGGAGGAUGCCGUGGCCCCAGGACAGAAGGUUCUACUGAUUGAUGACCUUUUGGCUACUGGAGGGACCCUGUAUGCAGCCUGUGAGCUGAUGAAGAAGCAGCAGGCUGACAUUCUGGGCUGCAUGGUGGUCAUCGAGCUCAAAGAGCUGAACGGCGUCGACAAACUGAAACCACACAAGCUGUUCUCCCUGCUCCAGUACUGAGGAUCGCUGCGGCCCUAGAGCCAGGGUCACUUACUGUCAGUGUACGACACGGCUGCACGAGACAACAUGUUGUUUGUGUCUAACAUUGGUUUUUACUCAAAGACAGGUACUAGCAGGACAUCUCUCCUUCUCACAAUAGUCCAUUUCAAUCACAUACUGUUUGCAAUUCCAUUAAGCACUAAAAUAUAUAUAUUUUGAAUGGUCAUUUAUUCAUACAUCCGCAAAUUAUUGUUGUAACUUUGCUUUUUAUAUUUCUUUGACGGGAUUCAAAGGGUUUUGAGAUGUGUUUUUACAAGAUAUCCAAACAUGGCCUUGUUGGACUGUUUUAAAUCAUUAUACUCUUUUCCAACUACCUGUCACACAUUGUCUAUGCAAUAAAGCCAUACUAGAGCUUAGCAAAGGCCACUUAUAAUCACAUUUAUUGCUUAAGUUUGUUUGUAUUGAGACCAAAGUGCUAAUGUGGAUUUGUUUCUAGCCUUUCUGUCGUACUGCAGUCUGACUGGGACCACUGUUCUGUGAUUGUGUCAUUUUAAUUUCCAAAGCCUUUGUUCUUACUGCAUAACCUUUGUCACACACAUGUUGAUAUAAGAUAUCUGUAAGGAUAAUAAUCAUCUGACUGAUGUUAUUGCACUUAUGAAAGCUGUUCACCAUAUGUAUUUAUACAUUACAGACUGAACUAAUUGAUCAACUGCCA